GCCCACGAACGACACGAGACUAUCGCCCGUCCAGCACGAGGGACACGAGACCACUGGACGGAUUGACUUGUACACAAUAAAUCCCACGACCGAACUCAGCGAGAUUAGCCCACCAUGGCUCAAGAUAUGCCCCCCAAGGGCGGGUACGAGCCCGUCCAGUACAAGCGAAACCUCCCCGCCAGGGGUCUCCGUCCCGGUAUCCUCCUCCUUGGCAUGGGCGCCGUUAUGGGCUAUGGCUGGUACAAGCUGAUCGGUGGCAUGCGCGAAAUGAACGAACUCGGUCGUGAAAAGAUGUGGGCUCGCAUCAACCUCAUCCCCGUCCUCCAGGCCGAAGAGGACCGUGAUCAGGUCCGACGAUACCUAGCCGACCAGAAGCGCGAGAAGGAGCUUUUGGGCGACAACGCCAAGGUUUACAACAGCAACCGAUUCGUGAGGCCGACUUUUGCCGUCACCCCUCCUCCUACCACAAACUAAGAAUGCAACAAUAAGAAAGGAAAUCGGGUGCCAUGUGCUGUGUAUAUAUGUUUUUGACAAAGUGGUUCUAUACAACCCACGUCUGGAAUUGAAAGGGUUAAGCAUAACUUUAUAUUGACUAACUGUGAAAAAGACAAAAGAACGUUUACAUCUUGGUGCUGUUAA